GAAAUGCAUUAUCUGAAAAAAGGGGAAGCUGCUGAAUGGAUUUCUAUGCACUUAUAAAUCACGUGAUGUAAUUCUGCCAAUACUUUUUUCUUAUAUAAAUGCCUCCCUAUUUGUCUGUAAGCAGCUGUAUAUGGAUGGGCAAGUCGAUAAAAGCUCAGCUGUAGCCGCCUAGAGGACGUAAGAGCGAGACUGAGGCAGCAGAAUUAGUAUUAGUGACAGGAAAGCGUUAAGCCUGGCCAGGCACAUCUAGUUUUACUUUCAUUUCUGCUUAGUGGGAGGGGCCUGAGUGUCCGCGGCUCCCAUUUACCCCGCUGGUUUCAGAGCUUACUAUUCGCUCGGUACUUUGGAAACCAACGCAACAGGCAGCGCGCACGGACUUAUAAUGGGACAAAAACGGGGGGUCAGAGAACUGAGGGAAACCGGGGAGCAGUUCCUACAGUAUCUCAGAGACACCCAGAGAGACGCCGUUACUAAUAAAGACGAGCUGAAAGUCAUUUAUGAGGAAUUUAAGAAGAGAGAUACUCAGAAGAAACCAAGUUUUUCCUCUGCAAUUUAUGGGCUUAAACUCUCAGGAAGGGCUCACGUGAAGAAGAAUACAGUAACAUUUUAUGAUGAGGGCAUGAGCAAAAAAUGGUCACCUCUGACAGAUCAGUACUUUGUUAUGCGUAGGAGUAAGAGGGCUGAACCUGUCUCUGAGAAACCACUGGAUAAUGGAAACAACUACAGCAGAUCUGAAGCAUGGAGGAUCUCUAAAUGGAUCAAGAAUAACAGAUCUCAAUUCACUGGAAAGAAUGACAUUCACAUUUCUUCAGCCCAUGAUCGAAGCGAAGGCCGUAUCCGCUUUAAGUGCACGCUAGGUGAAGAGUUUAUUUUCCCAGUUCUGGUGGAGAAUAAGUCAGCUAAGCCUGUGACCUUUACUCAGUACACAACGCUGCAGAAAAUGAAUAUAUUUUCAUUUAGUGAUGCACAGAAUGUGUCCAAAAUGGCCCCUUUAAUUCUAAACCCAGGGGACAGUUAUGAGAUUCGUGUUUCCUGUACACCAGCCUAUUAUGGAUAUUUUCCUGUCACCUUGGUAUGUGAGUCCAUGACUGAAAACGACACCUCUAGUCGGGGGAUUGUUGGUAGAUUCAUAUCAGCUGUGUGUACCAGUAAGUUGAUGGAUGAGCUAAAACCAACAUCCAAAUAUGUUCCAUAUCAAAAAGACCUCUUUAAGCCAUCCGAGAGAAUUGAAGAAGAUGGAUUUCCCCUUGAACACCCAAGGAAUUCUUUACUAGAAAUGGAAAUUCCUUUAGGAAGAUUCCCUCCACCUGCACAUCUGAGGGACAGCAUUAAGGCAGGUGUAUUCUGCAAUGGUGCAGGUGAUAAAAGACGUUCAGGAAACCCAGACAGAGAUCUGCUGAGAAACCCCUUGGACUUUAAUAAUUACAAGAGAUUCCAUCUACUUCUGUACCUUGAGGAAAUUCAAAUGGAGGUUGACAUCAGGAAAUAUGAUCGACAGAACCAAACAAUGGAGGUGGAUCCUGAUAACAAAAGGCUCUUAACAUUAAAAGUUCCUGGCGUAGCUGAAAACAGGCCUUCUGUGCUGAGAGGAGAUCACCUGUUUGCAACAAACUCUCAUGAACGGGGCAAGCCUAGAAUUAUCAGCUACAAAGGUUGCGUACAUGGCAUGGAACUGGAGAGAGUUAAACUUGGAUUUUCUCAAAAAUUUAGGGAUGUUUUCCUUCCUGGCAUGCUCUUUGAUGUCACUUUUACAUUUAGUCUUCUACCGCUGAGAAUCCAACACCGAGCUGUGGAUUUAGUUAAAGAAAAUUCCUUGAAAGAAGUCAUUUUUCCAACAGGUUCUUACGGCGAGCUCAUGAUUGAUGUAGGAAAACUGUGCCUCUAUGACCGAAGCCUUGAAAGUAACAGCGAACAGUACAAUGCCGUAAAGCACAUUUUAUGUGGAAUGUCGAGGCCUGCUCCCUAUAUAAUCUUUGGCCCACCAGGAACUGGGAAAACUGUUACAUUAGUAGAAGCAAUCAAACAGGUCUUAAAGUUAAUCCCUGAUGCCCAUGUCCUUGCAUGUGCUCCAUCAAACAGUGCCUCAGACCUACUCUGCGAGCGCCUUCUAAAACACGUGAACCCCAAAGACAUUUAUAGGAUUAUAGCUAUGAGUAGAGACAUUCGUACACUGCCUGAAGAUAUAAAGAUUUGCAGUAAUUUGGACAGCAGUAGAAAGAAUUAUAUAUACCCUUCUAAACAAGAACUGAAGAAAUACAAAGUGAUCGUUUCAACACUUUUAACCGCUUCAAGGCUAGUGGGAGCAAACUUUCCUCAUGGCCAUUUUACUCAUGUCUUUAUUGAUGAAGCAGGCCAUGCUGUGGAACCUGAGUGCGUGACAGCCAUUGCAGGAAUUGUGGAUGUGAUGGAUAAGCAAACUAACAACUGUGGAGGACAGGUAGUCCUGGUUGGUGACCAGCAGCAGCUUGGGCCUAUACUGCGAUCUCCAGUGGCCAUAAAACAUGGACUAGGUAUUUCUUUCCUGGAAAGACUGAUGACACAGAAUCCUAUCUACAGUAAGAAGGAUGGGAUGUAUAACCCACAGUUUGUCACUAAGUUGCUGAAAAACUAUAGAUCCCAUCCAAGCAUUCUAAAGAUUCCAAAUCAGUUAUUUUAUGAUAACGAGCUCCAGGCGGUUGCAAAUGAAAUGAUUACACACUGCUACUGCAAAUGGGAGAUGCUUCCAAAAAAGGACUUCCCCAUUAUUUUCCAUGGUGUGUUGGGUGCUGAUCUGCGGGAGGAAAAGAGUCCAUCUUUCUUCAAUCUUAUUGAGAUUCAGGAGGUUAUAUUUUACCUUGAGGAACUGCUAAAGACACAGGGCAAGAAAGGAUUGGCUAAGAUUUCCCCAAAGGAAAUUGGCAUAAUCUCUCCUUACAGAAAGCAGGUGGAAAAAAUUAACAAAGCUGUUCGUAUGACAUUUUCACAUGUUCCUAAUAUUAAGGAUUUAAAGAUCGGCUCAGUGGAAGAAUUUCAAGGCCAGGAGCGAAAAGUUAUCAUUAUAUCUACAGUUCGUAGCAGUAAAGAAUUUGUCACAUUUGAUGAAGACUUUAGCCUUGGUUUUGUGAAGAACCCUAAGAGGUUUAAUGUUGCCAUCACAAGAGCUAAAUCUCUCUUGAUUUUAGUGGGAAAUCCAUUAAUACUUGGUCAGGACCCCUGCUGGUCUCAGUUUUUGAACUAUUGCUAUGAAUCUGGAGGUUACCGAGGCUUCAAGAUUGAAUCUAAAGAUCUGGAUGAGAAUAUUAUAGGAAUGUUCAGCCAACUGGAUCUCAAUAGUCCUCCACCAGGAGAAGAGAGCGGAGAGAGCUUUAUGCAGCAACAACUUGAACCAGCUUGGAGGCACGACCACUGAAUUCUGCAUUUUCCAACAAUAUAACAACUCAUUCACACAGAAAAAUAUGCAUUUCCGCUGUCCUAUAUGUCUUAGCUGACUAAAUGAACAAUAUGUGGCCCAGCUUUCUUGUCUCUUUUCCGUCACUGGUAAAUCAGCCACACACUUCUCUCUAAGUAGUAGCAAAUAAUAAAGCACAUGUUUCAUUCUCUUGUGAGAUGCUCUGAUCAUGACUGUAAAAAGAUUCAUACCCACACUGGCAGCUAAACAUUCAAAAAUACCUUUGCAUUGAAGAGAACUAUGAUUGCCAUAUCCUGACCAGUAGAAUCAUGUUGGCUCACAAAAAUGGAGAAGCAGGCCUGUAGUUGUAUUGCCAAGGAUACAACAAUUCCUGUUCUUAUCAAUGGAAAGGCGUUUUAUGUGUUUCUUUAUAAAUAGUUGUCUGUUAGCCUUAACCUUACUAUACUGACAGCGUAGAGAUCCUUCAUACUGUACAUAAUUUGUGGAACUACUUAGCGUUUUGAAAGUUAUGUUGCCAAUGCUAUUUUUACAGGAACAAUUUUGUAUGUGUCUGGCAGGAGGUAUGUGAUACAGUACUCCUUUUUAUUUCUAAAUAUGCUGUACUUCUUAUAUGUCAUUUGACAGUUUUUAUGCUUAAAUUAUUCAAUACUAGUGGACUUAAAGGAUAGCAUAAUGGGCAAACCACCUUUUGUUCAGAAUGUCCAAAAGCUGUCUGAGCCACAACAUGAAUGGCGACGAGAAUAAUAGUAGUUUAAGAUUCCUUUUCUUCUAUAUAUUGUGAUAUGUAUGUUACGGUAUAUUUCUGCUGUGACUCUUACUUAUCUCUAGGAUGUAAAGAACAGUCGAUCUAUGAUAAACAUCAACCUUUGCAUUGGCCUAUUUUUAGCAACGUUUCAGAAU